CAGGGGCGGACUGACCAUUUGGAAACUCGGGCACUGCCCGAGGGCCCAGGGUCAGUAGGGGGCCCCAUAAGAUGCCCUGGUACCUUUUUCAUAGGCUUUUUUGAGUUUAGACAAGAACACAGGGGCCCCAUGAUCCCCUAUUGCCCGGGGGCCCCAGGAGUUGUCAGUCCGCCCCUGUGCCCAAGUUUCCAAAUGGUCAGUCUGCCCCUGUUUGCUGCCAAUGUGAUUGGAAAGAGAUCAUAAGAAUGGCAUUUUUUCCACAAAAAUGGUGG